UGUCGUCGUGGAGAUGGAGAAGGCCGCCCCAGAGGUCGUGGAGCGCUUACGCUAGUGUGACACAACAACCUUAUAUUCAACUACGGCAGUGGUGGAGCAGGCCCAGCAGAUCGGAGCCAGCAGGCCCAAGGGGAUCUUAGAAGCACCGACGAGCUAGCAUUGGAGAGCUUACGCUACUGUGACAGAACAACCUUAUAUUAAAAGACAGUGGUGGAGCUGAUCCAGCAGAUCGGAGCCAGCAGGCCCCACGGGAUCAUAGAAGCACCGACUAACCUCAUCGAUGCCUCCAACUGCCAGAACUUCGUGCCCCAUGACCCCAUCAGUGUGGUGGCCGAGCGAUUGGUGUACGUUGUUGCAUUCACAUGCCAGAAGCCGGUGGAGGAGCGAUUGGUGUACGGACUACUUUGUUUUUAUUUCUUUUUCUCCCUCCUUGUAACGACGACUUGAACUUACGUUACGAGGGACCAAAGGGACGUGGCGAGCAUCGACUGGCGCAUCGAGCGGAGUCACGUCCAUCCGGCCACGACCCAAUACAUGUUGCCUCUGUUUUUUUUAUCCUUCCUAGCUGUCUUUUCUUUUCCGAUCAUUAAUAGGGCAAAGGGCGGCGUUCUCUUGUAAAUUCUUGUUGUUUUCUUCGUGUAUCGCGGUCACCGUCUGUCAUCACCUCUUCGACGUCCCCUUUCCAGAGCAAUGAUAAAACUUUUCAAAAUUAAGGACCAAAAGCGGGAGGAUGCAGCAAAUUCCAAUGGAAGCACUCCUGUAAAGAAACAAAGUGCUGGAGAAUUGCGUCUUCACAAAGAUAUUAGUGAGCUUAAUCUGCCUAAAAGCGCUAUCAUAUCAUUUCCAAAUGGGAAGGAUGAUCUGUUGAACUUUGAAAUCAGCAUAAGACCUGAUGAAGGAUACUAUCAAGGUGGUACAUUUCAUUUUACCUUUCAUGUAUCUCCUUCUUAUCCUCAUGAACCACCAAAGGUCAAAUGCAAGACCAAGGUUUACCAUCCUAAUAUUGACUUAGAGGGAAAUGUCUGCCUUAAUAUCCUGCGUGAAGAUUGGAAGCCUGUGCUCAACAUAAACACUGUUAUUUACGGCUUAAUUCUUCUUUUCAUGCAACCCAACGAUGAGGACCCAUUAAACCAUGAUGCAGCUGCAGUUCUACGUGACAACCCUAAAUUGUUUGAGACAAAUGUUAGAAGGGCAAUUGCUGGAGGUUAUGUGGGUCAAAACUACUUUCCCAGAUGCAUGUGAUGAUGCCAUGUAAUUGGAGCCUGUAAAGCAUGGUAUGCAAAUUGUUAUAGUAUAUAAUACUACCUUGGAACCAUGGAAGUGGGCAGACUGAUUGUUCUGUUGGCGUGAAACUCCACUCUGUUGUUGAUUCUUCUGUUUACCUCAUCGGUGUAAAUUGGUGAAUUGGGCUUUCCACUUCCAUGAUUGUGAUUGAGAAUAUGCCUAUGUUAGCUCAUUUUCUCAUUUGUGUGGUUCACCACUACAAUUCCAGAAGGGCUCUGUUUUUUA